UUCUAGACGCGGAGUACUAUUUUGGUACCAAGUAAACAAAUUAUCUGGAAGUUUCUUGCGUGAAUGAUUACGGUAAAAUUUGUUGGGUAUUUCGGGUCGGAGAUAUCACCUUAGGUGAAGUGCAAGUAUCAUUCAUCAUCUUUUGGGGAAAGAGAUGUCAGAGAACAACGAUUCGAAGCAGCAGAUGAUUCAACCAAGUGAAUCCGCAGGUUGCAUCAGGUCCAGUCCCAGCCAGAUUUGCCACCAAGAGGCCAACGUACCACAGGGUGUUCCACCAUUUGUGCUCAUCAGACAAAAUGAUUUUUUGGCCAGAAAGCAUAAAAAACUUAAAGAAGAAGAUAUUGCCAUAUGUGAAUGCAAGUAUGAUGCUUGUUGUCCCGAAAAAGCAUGUGGUGAAAGCUGUCUGAAUGUGUUAACCAGCACAGAGUGCACACCUGGGUACUGCCCUUGCAAUGAGCACUGCAGGAAUCAGAAAUUUCAGAAAUGUGAGUUUGCGAGGACAAAGUUGUUUAAAACUGAAGGGCGUGGAUGGGGCCUUUUAGCUGAUGAAAAUGUUAAGGCUGGCCAAUUCAUUAUUGAGUAUUGUGGAGAAGUAAUAUCAUCAGAAGAGGCAAUGCAAAGAUCCAAUACCUAUGAAGCCCAAGGUCUUAGAGAUGCAUAUAUAAUCUCCUUGAAUGCAAAUUUUUUCAUUGAUGCCACAAAGAAAGGGAGCCUUGCCAGAUUUAUAAAUCAUUCGUGCCAGCCAAAUUGCGAGACAAGAAAGUGGACAGUGCUGGGAGAAACUAGAGUUGGAAUAUUUGCAAAAUUUGACAUUUCUGCUGGGACUGAACUGGCUUAUGAUUAUAACUUCGAAUGGUACGGUGGAGCCACUGUUCGAUGCCUGUGUGGGGCUCCUAACUGCUCCUUAUUUCUUGGUGCAAAAUCUCAUGGUUUUCAGGAAUAUAACCAUGUUUGGGAAGAUGGAGAUGUCAGAUACCAAGUCGAAAACAUUCCACUCUAUGAUUCUGCGGAGGAUGAGCCUUUUCCAGUCGCAGCCGGUCCUGUCAAGAUUGAGUCUGAAGAAAACGAAUCAGCGGUAGGAAAAUACAUAGUGGAAUCUGGCUUGAAAAUGGAAGUUGCAUCUGGUAUGGAAUCUCAUUGUUCGGUAGUCGUCAAUGAUGAGGCAGGGAAAUCAGAAACAAACAAGGAGGCAGAAGCUAGUAUAGAAGACAAAAGGCAAAUGUUCUCCCAAACAAAUGCUAUGAUAUCACGUAUAAGAAGCAACAGUGCAUGCCGCAAUUAUAACAUUGGACCAGGGCCGUCCUCUAAGAAAAGAUCGCAGCAUCAUCCAAUGAAGCAAAAUGUGAGAGCGAUGGGGCGGAAACAUGUCUGUUCCAAACCAGUUGCUGAGCUGUUUGCGUCUAAGAAAGCUCAAGAGGAAAUAAGAAGAUGUGAGGAACUCAAAAACAAAGCAACCUCGGAGCUCAACUCCUUGUACGACGAGAUCCGGCCGGCAAUAGAGGAGCACGAGAGGGACAGCCAGGACAGUGUGUCGACGAGCGUAGCUGAGAAAUGGAUACAGGCAACCUGCUCCAAGUGGAAUGCGGAGUUCGACUAUCACUUUUCAAUCGUCAAGAAUGCCCUGUGCCCUCCCCCGAAGAUUAUUGCGGCCAAUGCUCAGAAUGAGAUCAAGUACCUGACGAAUUAAGGGCUUCUCCCUCCCUCUUGCAUGCUGCUGCUGCUGCUCCUGCUGCCAUAUCUAUAUCUAUGCCGGUGGAUGGAUGUUUCAUGUUUGACUGCUGGCUCUGCUGUGAUUGAUUCAAGAACAGAGCCCCAGCUCUGGCUCUAUCUAUACUUGGCUGGGUGGCUGGCUGUUGUGUUAAGGAUGAAUGAAUAUGCCACCAUUUCAUUUGUGUAUUUAAUCCAUCGGUUCAGUUCAGUUAAUUAGAUCGGGCAUUGCAUCUUA